AUGGCCGCGCCCACAGUGCGGGAUGACGCGGACGCGCACGAGGACGAGCACGCGCCCGGAACCAGAGAGGCGCCCGACAGCGGGGAUGAGCGUGGAGUCGAGGACACAUCUGGGGCCCAGGAAGCACAGGACUACGGGCAGCUGGAGGGGACUUCGGUGAAGGGCCAGGAGCUGGGCGGGGCCAGCAGUCCCGCUUCCCCACGGGUGGAGCCAGAAAGGGCGCUGAAGCCGGCCGCCAAAGCCAGGACCAGAGAGGCGCAGACCGUGGUGGUCCCAGGGCAGCCCCCGGAUGACUUUUCCAAGACGAAAGAGGGGUGUCGUGUGGAGUGGGGUACUGAGGCUUGGCCCGAAGCUGGCGGAGACGCCACCGCGGCCAGGGCCACAGCCCCUCGCCAGCCACGGCCCACGCACUUUGUGGCCCUCAUGGUGACAGAGCCCGGGCUGCAGGCGGGGGUGGCCAAGGCCCAGGAAGAGCUGGUCCGAGCUGCGCCAUCGUGCGCUGCUUUCCUGGUGCCCCCCCAGGCCCUGCACCUGACCCUGGCCCUGCUGAGGCUGGGGGGCCCUGGCGAGACAGCGGCCGCGGUCAGUGCGCUGAAACGCGCCCUCUCAGAUCCGGGACUUCAGGUACCCCCGCAGGUGACGUUUAGGCAGCUGGUGCUCCUGGGCCCCCAUGUGCUCUGUGCGCCCCCCUCCCCGCCCCUGGAAAACAUGGCCCAAGUGCUGAGCCAGAGGCUGGAGGCUGAAGGGCUCAGAGUGCUACAGCCCCUAGGGGGGCUGCACCCCCACCUCACGCUGGCCAAGGUCCCCCGGGGCUCUCAAGGCCACCUCCCCGUGCCUGGGUCCAGCCCAGGGCAGGCGCUGGGGAGCCAGCUCCUGAGACAACUCUGGCUGUGCCGCAUGGGGAGGGCAGGGGACACCUACCAGCCCCUGGCCGAGAUCCCCCUGGGGUGACAAACCGGAUCUCAGUGCCAAACACAGGAGGAGAUCCAGUCCAAGCAGGAGGGACAAAGCACACGCUCGCUCUCUCUCUUUAAUUGUGGUUUCUCUCAAGCUUCCACACGUGCUCAGUGAUCCAAAGAAAGAAUGAAGGAAAGAAAGGGGGAGGGGGGAGGGGAGGGGAGGCAGAGAAGGAAUAUCUGGAAAAAAAGCAGCCUGACAGUCCAGCUGUUUGCAAACUCAUUGCACAACCUCCAA